AUAUGUGAGUGAACUGUUGCCAAUGGCUCUGAGCAAGCAUGGGGCAUGUUUCAGAUUACACUGUUUUCUUGUUCGGAUCUGAUCCCUUUGCUAGGGAGGCUGAGAAAGGCAGCUCCAGGGGAUUUGCUUCCAGCAGCAGCAGCAGCAGCAGCACAUGAUCCCUCAAUCGCGUGAUUCUCACCACCGAGGACUAAUGGGGAGGGUGAAGAAAAAGUGAAUGCUGCCUUGGAGAAGCAACAGCAUUUUCUUCUGCUCGUGGGGCCCCUCCACCAGCUGGACAUUUCAUGGCUUCUCCAAGGUUAGAAACCUACUGCUGCCCAAACCGGGAUGCAGCUACACAGCUAGUGAUGAGCUUCCAGCCUGAAGUCUUCUGCGGGGUCUGCAUUGGCAGUGCCUCCAUCAGUCUGCUCCUGACCAUCCUGCAGCUCCUGCCGAAGAAGGGACAGAGCCCACGGAAGAUGCCCAAAGCUUCGUCCUCUUCCACCAUCCUUCUUCUUAUCUCCAUUUGUGACAUCCUUGGAGCCUUAGGUGUGAUCUUCAGGUCAAGUGUAUGGCUGGGUUUUCCAGGCUUCAUAGCUAACAUUUCUGUGGUGAAYGGGACUGACGUGUGGCCUUCCACCUUCUGCGUGGGGAGCGCGAUGUGGAUCCAGCUGUUAUAUAGCGCUGGCUUCUGGUGGUUGUUUUGCUAUGCUGUUGAUUCUUAUUUGGUGGUGAGAAGAUCAGCUGGACUGAGUACGAUCGUGCUGUACCACAUGAUGACGUGGGGCCUUGCGGUGCUGCUCUGUGUGGAGGGGAUUGCUCUGCUUUACUACCCUUCUCUCUCCAGCUGUGAAAAUGGCGUGGAACAUGCAAUCCCACAUUACAUCACAACCUAUGCCCCACUCCUGCUAGUGCUCGUGGCCAACCCAAUCCUGUUUAGGAGGACAGUAUCAGCAGUUGCCUCCUUACUGAAAGGGAGACAAGGGAUUUACACAGAGAAUGAAAGACGUCUGGGGACAGAGAUCCAGAUGCGCUUCUUCAAAAUUAUGCUGGUGUUUGUUAUUUGCUGGUCAUCCAACAUCAUCAAUGAGACCCUUUUGUUCUAUCUCGAAAUGCAGCCAGAUAUCAAYGAAAUGCCCCUGAAAAACAUCAGAAGUGCUGCACUGAUCACCUGGAUUAUAAUGGGGGUUCUWAAUCCCAUGCAGGGCUUUCUCUUCACAUUGGCUUUCUAUGGCUGGACAGGWUGGAGAGUGGACCUGAAAUGGCGAAAAAGAGAAAUCCCCUGGGAAUCCAUGUCCUCAUCAACUGCGGGGGAAAAUGCCUACCCCUCACCAGUGAACUACCAAAGCAACAUCCACGAUUCCAAGAAGAUCUCGACCACUGACAGCCAGCAGACCGAUGAGGCCAUAAGCAUGUUGUCUGAAGGUAACACCAGCAGUGACGAGAGAAUAACCAGAAGCUCUCCCAUCUACCAGGGCUGGUAGUUUUUAAGUGCAGAGCUGGAUCUAACUUUUCCUGGAUCUAACUUUUCACGUUGUCAAUACUCAUAAAACCACGCCAAUGUGUGAAUCAUUGCGUACUCUGGAAUUAGGUUUGUGCUCAAUGGCUUGAUGUCAUUUCCUGUAACUUGUGAGACCAUGUGAGACAGAGAGAUAUGGUUUAUGUCUUCGUUUGCCUUCUAGGAGACAUGUAAACAGGCUUGAACCAUGUAGAAAGGCUUGAACCUUUUUCACCAGGAGUAUUUCUCUGCAAAGAUAUAUGUUACAUAUGAUUAAUUUUCACUCAUUUUGUUUUAAUCUCUCCUGUAACCUCCUUAUGGUAGAAUAGUCUUUUGUUUAAAUAAAUGGACUAUUAAUA